GGUUAUUAUAAGAACUCCAUGCAGGAUGACGACGUUCGGCCUACCUCCAUGAUUUCUCCUCUUUCAACUUCCAACUGCGAGCAUGGAUUCUCCCCAAAACGAGAAGCCCUCUGCCGAGGGGGAUAAGCUUCUCUUGAACUUGUAUGGAAAGAUUCCAACCAGAGGAAACCUUCUUCAUCACCAGUUAGAGGGAAGGAAGUACUUCGAUUCCGGUGACUUUACACUCUCACAGGCCCACAAAUGCUCCAACAUCGGCGCCCGAACUCCCUUCCGGAAGAGCAUAUCUCAUCCCUUAUCUCCCGUACCAACAUCCAGCAACGUCGACAAUGACGCUAACCAGCAACUGCAAGGCGAGAUGACAACUGGCGAGUCAAGGUCUGCUAGCAAUCUCAAUCAGGACAUGGUUCCUCAGGCUGGCAAUUCGCAGGGUAGGCCUGAAUAUGCGAAGCAGGAAAAAAGCGUCUAGAUGCUGGCGUCUGUGGCACAGCUAGCCAAUCCCCUGAGUGACCAGCGAUCACAGAAGCUGAACGAUGGACUAGGGGCCAUGGGCGGUGGACUAAGGACCAUACUCUUAUCCUGGUACGGUGGCCUAAUAUAUGGUGGUGUUGAUCCGGUAGAUAUAUGCGAACGAGAUAUUCGACAGUGUGACCUGCACAUGCCUCGCAAGGACGGGUACUAGGCCUGUCGAGAGAUACGACAGUGGGAGAGCGAGAACGGUUACCCGAGGCUGCCCAUAAUUGCGCUGUCGGCUAAA